AUGAUAAGAAUCGUAGCUGAGUGUCACCUAGAGGGUCGUGAAUGUAUUAUGGUUACCAGUGGAGCAGUGGCAUUUGGAAAACAAAAGUUGACCCACGAAUUAUUAAUGUCGUUGAGUAUGCGAGAGACACUGUCGCCUAAUGACCACGCUAGAAAAGAUGUUAGGACAUUGCUGAAGGCUAGAGCUGCAGCGGCUGUGGGUCAAUCCGGGCUCAUGUCUUUGUACGAUGCCAUGUUUUCACAAUACGGUGUUAAGAUCGCUCAGGUCUUAGUCACCAAGCCUGAUUUCUACAACGACGAGACACGGAAAAACCUAUUCAGCACGUUGUCGGAACUAAUCAGUAUGAAUAUCGUUCCCAUUAUCAACACGAACGACGCAGUGACACCUCCGCCACAGAAUGACGACCUCAUUAAAUCUAAAGGAAAGAAGGUUAUCAGCAUCAAGGAUAAUGACAGUUUGGCCGCUAUGUUAGCUGCCGAAGUCAAUGCAGACUUACUCAUUUUGAUGUCGGAUGUGGACGGUAUCUUUACGCGACCACCAAAACAGGAAGGGGCGAAAAUGAUUUGGACAUACAACAGCGAUAUGGCGGACGUUAUACAGUUUGGCAAAAAGUCAACUGUCGGUACAGGGGGCAUGGAUUCCAAGGURCAAGCGGCCACGUGGGCRUUGAAUAGAGGAGUUUCUGUAGUAAUCUGUAAUGGCAUGCAAGAAAAAGCUAUUAAGUYAAUUGUGCUCGGUCGAAAAAUUGGCACAUUUUUCACCAAUGCCCCUACUGCUAAUGCCACUCCAGUUGAAACACUAGCUGAAAAUGCACGUUACGGAAGUCGCGUCUUGCAAAAGUUACCAGCUGUAGACCGUGCAAGUGCAAUUAAUGCAUUAGCUGAUUUGUUGAUAAGUAAACAAGCAAUUAUAUUGGACGCCAAUGAAAAAGAUAUAGCUAUAGCUACCAAGGAAGGGACAGCUGCUCCUCUGAUCAGCCGAUUAUCUUUGACACCAGCUAAACUUAAGAGUCUAGCCACAGGUCUUAAACAAAUAGCUGAGACUAGUCACACAAAUGUUGGAAAGGUAUUAAAAAGGACCAAGAUUUCAGAAAAUUUAGAUUUAACUCAAGUCACAGUUCCCAUCGGUGUUCUUCUUGUCAUUUUUGAAUCUCGCCCUGAUUGUUUGCCCCAGGUAGCUGCUUUGGCGCUGAGCUCGGCAAAUGGACUUUUAUUGAAGGGAGGCAAAGAGGCGUCRCACAGUAACAAAGCGCUCAUGGAUAUAGUCAAAGAAGCAUUGGCCACGGUUGGUGCCCAGGACGCUAUAUCGUUGGUGUCGACCCGCGAAGAGAUCAGUGAUUUAUUAGCCAUGGAGAACCACAUCGAUCUUAUUAUUCCCCGUGGAUCUAGCGAUUUGGUUCGUAGUAUACAGGAUCAAUGUGCGCACAUCCCAGUAUUAGGACACGCUGAAGGAAUAUGCCACGUGUACGUAGACAAGGACGCCAAUUUGGAUAAAGCUCUAACUAUAAUUCGUGACUCCAAGUGCGAUUACCCUGCCGCAUGUAACGCGAUGGAAACUCUCCUAAUCCACGAAGAUUUGUUCGGAGGACCGUUCUUCAAUGAAGUCUGUGAUAUGUUAAAGAAAGAAAAUGUGCAACUAUUUUCUGGUCCAAAAUUAUCGUCCCGUUUAACUUUUGGUCCACCCCAAGCUAAAUCUCUAAAACACGAAUACGGCGAGUUAGCUUGUACAAUCGAAUUAGUCUCUGGAAUUGACUCUGCUAUUAAUCACAUACAUACAUAUGGAAGUGGUCAUACAGAAGUUAUCAUUACUGAAAAUGACGAAUCCGCUAAGAAAUUCCAAAGAGAUGUUGAUAGUGCUUGUGUAUUCCAUAAUGCUAGCUCAAGGUUCGCAGAUGGAUUUAGAUUUGGUUUGGGCGCCGAGGUAGGCAUCAGUACGGCCAGAAUACACGCACGUGGUCCCGUAGGCGUUGAAGGUCUUCUGACGACCAAGUGGAUACUGAAGGGCGAUGGUCAUGCAGCAGCCGAGUUCGCAGAAGGCGGUAGCAGAACUUACGUGCACGAACACUUGCCCACUGAUAACUAGCAACCACCUGCGAACAAAACGAGAAAAUCGCUAUGCGAGCUCUUUUACGCUAUAGCCGUAAAGGCGACCAAAAUGUUUUUAGUCCAGAAACUUCGAAAAUCAGACGAAUAACAACAGUUUUUUUUAUCAUUAUUGCACUGGACAGGUUUCGCUCCUCCCGCUCCCUCCAAUAAAUUAUUAUAUUAUUAUAACGUUAUACUAUAUUCUUGUCYAACACGUAAAUUAAUAUGAUACCUAUAAAUUAUAUUGUCGCGUGUGUUAGCUUAUAUUAUUAUUAUUGUUAUGUUUGUUACAAUCUAGAUUUUUAAAUGGCUGUUUAUGUAUAUAAAAUAUUUUAAUAUUGAAACACCAACUAUUUCAAUAACUGCAUGUAAAGAUUUUUUCACAGCGCAGUCUCUACAUUAAUGUUAUCAUUAAAUUAUUGUAAUUUUUAAGUAAAAACUGAAUAUCCUCGAAUCGUACUCUCAUGAAUUCUUAAAGCUGUGGGUGGUGGGUGCGAGUGUUUUGCAUGUAACUUUGGUUUCUUUCAUGUUAGGUACCUUUAAUAAUCUGGAAUAUUUGUCUACUAUUUUGUUAUACGCAAUAUUUUUUAUGUAAACGUGUUUAAUAUUUUUCAAGAACAAUAAUUAUGAUUUAUCAUUCAACAGUGA